UCUUGCCUUAAAUUCAGUAGCUGCAUAUGUUGUUGACAAGUGGGAAUGUGCCUGUCCACAAGGGGGUGUCUUACAUCAACACACACCCUGGUUGGACUGCCCCUAAUGGCCAGCUGGUAACACAAUACUGCCACAGUCACCGGGCCAGAGGAGGACUGAAAAGGAGAGGCUGAGAGAAGAAUGAAUCAGCGAGACAUCAGAGAUGAGGACUCAAAGGUUUGGAUGAUAACAGGCCUUGUGCAUCUCAGUGUCUUCAGAGUGUGUCGCCUCUUCACUCAUGUUGCUCUUUGAUGCUCAAAACACCUGGGGCAGUUCGGCAGCUGCCAGAAUUUAGUGGAAAAAAUCCCCCUCCCUUCCUAUCCAAACAUAUGGUUGUCGAACCAGUUUUAAAUACAUAUACAUGUAGUGUUGUUUAUGUCUUCUCUACAUUAAAUACAUGAUCUUUUCACAGACUCAUUGAAUCAAACUAGACCUGGACAAGUUUCUAUUUGUAGCCACAUUGUGACGGUGUCCUUUUUCCCCUCCUUCUUCUGAAAAACUGCAGGGAACUGCAAUUAAAGUGUCAACUUCCUCAACAUAUUGAAAUUAUUUCCCUGCUCUCAGUCCCCCUCUGUCUAGAGAAGAUGCUUGAAGCACAUUUGUUUACUACAAGUACAAGCCAACUUCUAUGUCAAAGGCAGGCAGUGUUUUUGUCACUAUGCUAUCUAAGAAAACAUGCAGUUUACUCAUAAUAAAAACUAUUUUCUCCUUGCAUAUACAUUUUCUUUUAAUUUGUCCUCACUUAUUAACCUAUAAUGUUUCAGUGUGUUUGUAACGGCCAAUAUCACACCAGUGAAAUUAAGCUACGUCAAGGUAGGAUUAUCAGAUAUAAAGACAUGCUCUUAACUCAUCAAAGACAUUUUUCAGGCACUAAUGGUCCCAGUUACGGCUCUACCGUGAGAAAACAAUGGCCCCUGUACUCGAAUGAUGCAGUUUCCAUAUUUCAAUCUUGACAAGGGGGGCAGAGCUCUGGAAUCAUUGUUAUGAGACGCACAGGAUGUCCUGAGGAAGAAGUCAGUGCAGAGUUGUACGCUAGCAUUCAGGGCCAGAGAGGUUCACUGCAGGGAGGCUUGCACAUCGGCUUCUCCCCUCUUCUGGUGUCUUCAAGAAUCUCCCUGGAUUGUAAGGGUUACCUCCCCAUCCCAGGAUGCCAUGACCCUUAAAUGCUUGGUCAUAGGUUGGAUAUUUACAACCACCCACCCACCACUGACAUGGAUGGAAUUUGCUCUAAUGAAGAGAAAAUGGAAGCACAAAAGCUAGAAAUCCGACUGGAACAUUUCUAGAGAUUUCUUCUUUUUUUUUUUUACUUGUCCCAGUUACUAGAAAAAAGGUGCAAGGUGACAGAGAGAAGGCAUUAACUUCAAGGAAGUGAACCCAGAAAACACACAGGCUAUAUUUGGCGAGAUACACACAUCCAUUGACACUUUGGCAUUCACUUUCGGCAAUGUAGUUUCUGACUUCCUUAUGGGAGAUGUGGACGGCGGCUCAGGGUUGGGGAUCACCCAGACCAGGAGAAGCAGGUCUUUUGACAAUCUCUCUUUGGAUCCUGAGGGAUAUUUGUCAGAGAAAAAUGACCUUGUGGGUCCAGAGGUGCCGCUUUCACGAGAGGAAGAAGUUGACUUGACCCUGCUGAAGAAUGACAGCGGCGUGGAGUCCGCUCUACUCUACGCCAAGGCCUGGUCCAGGUACAUCAAAGACCUCCUGGCCUGGAUGGAGAAACGGCUGGCCAUGGAUAUUGAGUAUGCCAAAAGUUUUUCCAAAAUGGCAGAGUCUGCUAAGACACUGGCCAGCCAACAGGACUACAUGCCAUUCAGUGACAUCUACGUUUCCACGUUCAAGAACGACAUUGAAUACAAACAGCUGCUUACUCAAACUGCAAUAGCUCUUCAGACCAACAAAUACAUACAGCCUCUUCUUGCCCGUAAGAAUGACCUCGACAAGUUGAGGAAAGACAUCAAGGAGCAGUGGCAGAGAGAGCAAAAGAAAAUGCAAGAGGCCGUGGCAACCUUACGUAAAGCACGAGUGCUGAAGGCCCAGAGGAGAGAGGAGUACCAGAAAGCCCACACAUCUACCAACCGCUCCCAGGAGGAUCAUGCUACCGCUGGCAACAAACAGCUGGAGAAGAAGAGGAAGCUGGAGGAGGAGGCUCUGCAGAAGGCGGAGGAGGCCCAGGAUCAGUACCAGAGCUGCAUGGCUGACGCAGGCGUCAGGAAGAUGGAUCUGGCCAACGCCAAGAGCACCAUCCUCACACAGAUCAGAGAGAUGGUCUUCCAGUGUGACCUCACACUCAAAGCUGUGACGGUGAACUGGUUCCAGAUGCAGCAGGCGCAGACGGUGUCGCUCCCUGCUCACUACCAGGCUCUGAGUGAGAGCUCCAAGUUGUACGAACCGGGUGAAUGCUAUGCCGAGUUCGUCCGGAACCUGCCCAAAAAUCUGCCUAAAGAGCGUCUGCACUUAGACUCCACCUCGUCUGACAAUGCCAGGUUUGUGUUCAACAAAAGGUCUGUGGGCAGCACUCAUUCCUCCCAUGGCAACCUGUCGCAGGCAUCCAUCUACUCUGGUGACGUGCUGAGCGGAGACGAGGUGGACUGUGCCCUUCACCGCUCUGCGAAGAUCAGCGAGCGCAGGUCCAACAGCAGCACCGACAUACCAGCGCUGAGAAGCCAGGCCACGUUGAAAGCCUGGGCCUCCGGUAGUCAGGGCAGCCAGGGCGGGAUGUGCAGCGACUCGGAGAGCGCGGGAGGCAGCAGCGAGUCCCGGUCCAUGGACUCCCCCACCGCCAGUCCAGGUGACUUCAAGCGACGGCUGCCGAGGACUCCGUCCACUGGCACCAUGUCUUCUGCUGAUGACCUGGAUGAGAGGGAGCAACCGUCGCCUUCAGACAACGGUCUGGCAGAGAUGGUGACGGAGACGGCCAGUUCUCCGGGUCCCUUCAGAAACGCUCAGAUGUCCAAAGCUUCUCAAACUCAUAAGCUGAGAAAACUACGAGCUCCAUCUAAGUGCCGAGAGUGUGACAGCCUGGUAGUUUUCCAUGGAGCGGAGUGUGAGGAGUGCUCCCUCGCCUGCCAUAAGAAGUGUCUAGAAACGCUUGCUAUCCAGUGUGGCCAUAAAAAGCUGCAAGGCAGACUGCAGCUGUUUGGUAUCGACUUUACACAAGCAGCGAAGAACAGUCCAGAUGGCAUCCCUUUCAUCAUCAAAAAGUGCACGUCUGAGAUUGAGAGUCGAGCCCUCAACAUCAAGGGGAUUUAUCGUGUGAAUGGAGCCAAAUCACGCGUCGAGAAGCUUUGUCAGGCGUUUGAAAACGGGAAGGACUUGGUUGAGCUGUCCGACCUCUCUCCUCACGAUAUCGGCAAUGUUCUCAAACUCUACCUGAGACAGCUACCAGAGCCCUUGAUCCUACAUCGUUACUACAACGAUAUUAUCGGCUUGGCCAAAGAGUGCCAGAGAGUGAUAGUGGAGGAGGCCGAUAAACCUAAAACAGGAGAGAAGGGGGGGGCCAGCGUCGGGCUCAACAGAGUCCUCUUCAAGAUCAGAGACCUUCUCCGCCAGCUGCCUGCAGCCAACUACAGGACUCUGCGCUUCCUUAUCGCUCACCUACACAAAGUGACGGAGCAGGCGGAGGAGAACAAGAUGACGGCGAGUAAUCUGGGUAUAAUCUACGGCCCCACGCUGGUGAAGCCCCGGCAGACGGACGCCGAGGUGUCCCUGUCCUCGCUGGUGGACUACCCCUACCAGGCCCUGAUGGUGGAGCUGCUGGUGCGCCACUUCCACGCGGUGUUUGACGUUUCACUUCUGCCCGGCUCUGACAACAUCACAUCCUGCCAGGCGUCCCCCAGACUCACCCCCCAAGAGAAGGUGCAGCGGCUCAGCAGACACUCCGCCUCCCUGAUGGAUAUCAAAGAGAGUGCCAAAGUGUACAAGAGAUACUCGUCAGUGAUCCCCUCCUCACACAUCAUGAAUGAGGUUCACGGGGUGCAGCCGGGGACCGACAGAACAGAGGACUCGGCCUCGGCCUCGGACAGACUCAACGGGGACCAGACCCUCGCUGAAGGAGACAUGCAGAGGUCCACCUUAGUGUUCGGCCGUCCCAGCUCCACCGGCCCCCCCACCACCGCUGUGGUACCAAAGGUCCAGCUCCGCACCCAGCGCACCAGACAUGUGUCUCGACCCAUCAGCAUGCCGCUAGAACGCCUGCCCGCGCCCGCCCACAUCAGCGAGAGGAAUUACCGUAACGCUGCUGCUAAAGAUGACUCCAGCUUCUCUGAACGCGUCUCUGAAUCUAUUCAGGAGAUACCAGAGCCAGAGAAAGCCCGCCAAAGUGGCUCGUCGAGAGUUAGCACCUACUACAUCACUCCUUUCAUGGACACACACUCCAUGCAGAGGAGAACGUGGGACAGGAAGUACAAGCACUAUGAUGUCACACCCAGGACUGCUAAGAUUGUGGCCAACCUCCCACCUGCCAGCACUGGAAUACAACCUGUGAAAGCAACCAUGCCUGUCACUCUUAGCCCAGCGCUAACCGCUACAGUUAGCCCAGCCAUAACCGCUAAUGUUAGCCCAGCGCUAACAGCUACAGUCCCUACUUCAAGUAGUGUGAGCAACAUGUUCUGCACCAUUCCCUACACAGUGUCAAAGCCCAUCUGGACUUAUAAAAGGGAAAAUGACUCUGAUAAUUCUGUCGGCGAGGCUAGCGGCUCGCCAAAACUCCCGCUAACGCUCAGGGCGCCGAGAACUCUGCAGCCGCCUCCUGGAACUUUCUACAAGCCCCCCGUUUCUUUUAACAGCAGGGCAAGGACGCUUCCCAACUGGACUACAACUGUUACCACGGUCACCACCACCACAACCACCGCCAGCCCCUCCGUCGCCCUCUCCACCACUGCCCAGGUAGUCUCCUCAUCCCCUGCCCUAUCAACGAGCCCCCCACUGACUCGGCUCCAGACUCAGGACUCCGUCGACAGCGACAUUGACCCCGGGGUCUCGACCUCUGCCAGCCUUUCCCCCCCACAGUCCCCCCCCCCCAGCAGCCCCGACGACCUCAGCCCCAGCGAGACUAAACCCGUGUACCAAAGACUUCGCCCUCGGCGGACGCAGGAGCUCGAACACAGAGAGGCACAUUUUGUCUGAAGCCAAAAAAAUCACAUAUUAUAUCUGUAAAUAUUAUUGUAUCUGUGCCAUAGUGUAUACAUCGGAAGACGUUUUUUUAUAAUACAAGCGAAGUGGGAGAAAUGUAGGCCUGUGAAAAUAAACCAUGAAAGUGUUAUAAGUACUAAUAUAUUGUAUUUUACAUAUUCAAGUCCAAAUGUCAACAGUGGUUGCUCUCCCAAGCGUUCAAAACAGACGAAUGCCAACAUUGAAUUUUUAGUGCUAUUAAGUUAUAAAUACAUUAAUUAUCAAUUUUUAUGUCAAAGAUAGGAAGAAAUGUGUCAACCACAACAUGACAUCUGUUUGUAAGUCUAUUAUUUUCCUUGUUUGAAUUGAACCUCUUAGUUCUUGUACAAUGUUUGAUUUGUUAUGAAAUUAUAUUUGAUGUAAUCACACAAUGCACUUAACGCAGGUUCAAAUUCUAAUGUGCCUUUUUAUGUUAGAAUUUGCUUAAGUUUUAUUCUCCAAUGAACAGAUGGAAGCAUUUUUAACAUGAGGUUUUUUUAUUUGAAAGAGUUCAACAUUUUAUCUUUCAAAUGAGUCCUUUGAUGCCUGUGAUUGGUACAUCUUUUCUCAGUAUGUAAACCUUAUGUAUCUGUUUACGUUUUUUUUAUAUCCAUUCAUACAUACUGCAUGUUCAUCACAGUAAUGUUGUUCCAUUGCAUUAUUGUGACCAUACAGAAAAAAAUGACAUGCAACAGUGAUUGCUGCAAAUUAAAAAUGUAUUUUUAAUUGUUA